AUCAAAGAUUGCCAGCUGAAUUGCAACAUUACAAUAGCUUAAUGGUAUAAGCUACCUACACUCAGAUUUCAGUUUUAUCAUUUUAAAGAUUUAUGGACACUAACCUUUGGUACUACUACUCACAGGGUAAUUUGGGAGUUCCGACAAAUCACGUGUAUACCUAUUCAGAACAAUGCAACUCAGCUCUGGAUGCCUCACUAUUGCCGUCUCUUGUUACGAUGAGAGGACACCCAGCUCCAAAUGUCUCAUUGCAACCAACCGUUGGUACAAUGAGAGGACACCCAACUCUGAAUGCCUCGCUGCAGUCGUCCAUUGGUACGAUGAACCAAGCUCCAAAUGCAUCUCUGCAGCCAUCCGUUGGUAUGAUGACAGGACACCCAACUCCGAAUGCCUCACUACAGCACCCCAUUAGGGUCAAUUCUUUUGGGGCGAUUCUACCAGAAUCGCCCCCCUCCCCAGCUUCUCGUAGAAUCACCAUUCCAUAUGUUUUUUUACAAUCCUAGCUAAUUAGACCUUAACUAGAUAGGAUUGUAAAAAAAGUAUGGAGUGGCGAUUCUAGGAGAAGCUGCAGAGGGGGGCAAUUCUGGGAGAAUCGCCGAAAAGAACUGGCCCUUAGUAUGAUGAUAAGACACCCAGCAUCAAAUGCCCCACUGCAGCCAUCCGUUGGUACAAUGACAGGUCAAAAUCAAGUCUUCUUCCAACAACAGAAGCCAACUUAAUCUGUCAUCGUUAUCAGAGACUCAUGUUUUUUUCUACUUUACUAUAAACUUGUAAUAUAUUAUUGGAUUUAUGGGGAGUCUGUGCAUAUCGAUCGAAUGCACUACUUAAUUAAGUGAGACCAAUGCAUACUUGCUGUCCAAAAGCAUAGAUUUAAGAAGGCGUAUGUAUAUUAGUUCAUUGAUAUGCGUAGCUUAAUCAAGUCAGACCAAAAGCACAGUUCUUGUCCAAAAGCAUAGUUGCUUGCAUCUCACCGACCUCACACGGACAAAAAUAGCAUUUGGUUCAGAAAUUAGAAGAACAGCGGUCAUAUACUUGAGUAAUUGGACGACGUACCUUCAACCACGGCAAGUCUUCGCAGCCAUGUUAUGGUACAUGCUGGACGAAGCUCAGUAGCUGAGGCGUGACAAACGCGACAAACAGGGCCACGAAGAUAACCGCCGAGAAGGAAUGGCGCGCAGCUCGCCGACGAGCGCCGCGCCCGGCGACAGGAGGCUGCGACCUCAGGAACGGCGCGCAAAUCGACAACGAGCGAAGCGCCGGGCGACGGAGGCUGCGGCCUCACGAACGGCGCGCCGACGAGCGCCGCGCCGGGCGACGGAGGCUGCGGCCUCAGGAACGGCGUGCAGCUUGCCUACGAGCGCCGCGCGGGGCGAGGGACGUCGUGGCCGCAGGGUUGGUGCGCAGUUCGCUCACGAGCGCCGCGUUAGGACGAGCACGGAGCAAACCCUCCCGCUCUGACAAGCAAGCAGAUCAACAUCGCGGUGUUCGCCGGCCAUGGAGGAGCUACUUCUUUGCCUGUGGGGAAAGUGAGUGGAUAAGAAAGGAGACGAAACGAGCGGCUGGUCUUUUCCUGCGUUUAAUUAAGAGACACGGUCAUUAAGAGACACGGCCGACCGAUUUUGUUUAAUUGCUGAGGUUUUUAAUAGAAAAAGAGGGCAUCAGCGUGCGAUUGUUGGAUGAGCGCCACCUAUCACGAAGCACGGAUGGGAGCAUUCUCGGGGAGCGGGCAAACCUCGCCCCGAGUCGGAAAGGAUAUCGCCUCAGCGUUCGCGUGAAUCUACAAGUAUCCACCUCGCCCCAGCGUUCAUCAUCAGAAAUAAAUCUCCAUCUCGCGAUUGCGCUGGUCGCCUGAGCAGCAUCGAACUAAGUCCGGCCGGCACCAAUGGACGUGGAGCGCGCCACCGGCACGGCGGUGUUUUGGACGCCGCACUCAUUUUACGACCCGAGGCGGCCGGAGCCCGUGGCCGUGGGUGCGCCAGCACCCAAUCCUUUCGAGUGGCCGCCGCGGCGGCGGAGGCCGGCCCGGCGGGUGCCGUUCCGUUGGCGGACGUACGAUCCCGAUCCGCCGGUCGUCGUCCCUGGAGCGGCGCCGCCGUACAGGAACGGCGGCUUCGGCGCCGUCCCGGCGUCGGAGAAGGCCAUCGCUGGCCUGCCCAGGACCACGGCCGGCGAGGCGAGGGAGAAGGGCUGCUCCGUGUGCAUGGAGGCCUUCGAGGAGGACGACAGGCUGAGGAGGAUGGAAUGCUCCCACGCGUUCCACGAGGACUGCAUCUCCGUGUGGCUCGGCGUCAGCCACCUCUGCCCGCUCUGCCGCUUCGCGCUGCGUACACAGGGCCAGGAGGACGAGGAGGAGCGUACGGGCCGCCAGUAGAUGGCUGGCCUGCUAUCUGAGGAUUCAGAAUUCAAAAUCCGAUCAUCUGUAGUUUUUGUAACCUUUCGUUUUUCUUCUUCAUUAUCAUCUUGCUUAUCGUGUAAUCUAGGGACUUCCUAGUUCGCGCGGGGGUCGGCAGAUAGCCUACUAUGGAUUCAAAAACA